AUGACAACCUUUAAAAGCCCAAACUUACUCAGUGAACAUUCUGAUAUAGUUUCAAAUCAACAUAUGUUUACACUUGAACAAGAAGGAAUAAACAUUAAUGAUGUUGAUUGGGAAUCUAUGCCAUCUGAUGAUAAUGAAAAUGAUGGCAUGUCGGCUCAUACCAAUAGAAGCAAUCAGAUUCAAUCCGAUGAGAACCGGGACCAUUUUGAUUAUUACUCAUCAUCACCAUACAAUAAUUCUAGUUCGCGUUCGGACAAUGUUCCAAAAACUGAGUAA